CGCCGUCGAUACGUCCUACAUUAUGUCUUUCCGUAAUCUACUGACGAUGCUGACAGCAGCGUGACCGUAAAUACGGCUUUUCAUGCCUUCCGAAAUACAUUACUACCGUCUGUGUUGUAUAAUGGAGCAAUUCUCGGUUAGACAUUCACAGUACGACUCCUCCACCACGACGGCUAGACCGAACUACCUCUACACGUGUAAAGUUAGAACAGUUAUCGCGGUAACAAAGUUUUCUCGAGAUUCGUGUGUGCUACGCUCGCGCGAGGCGGUAUUUGCCGCAAAGAAGAUUGUAAAUAUUGCAAGAUAGUUCGACGACGUACUUGGAUUCAAAUAUGCAUCCCUAACUUCGCGCACUGAAAAUACUUUGCGGGGUCAAUGUAUUCUAAGGCCUCGAGGUCAACCUUACGUCAUCGAUUCUGGACACGAAUAUCGGAUCAGAUUCGAGAAAUACGAUAUUGCAAACUUCCAAUCAAGAUGAGAUAGCGCAAGAAAAGGUGGCUACCGUCUGGUCUCUCGUCAACGCCGUAGACAUGGGUUUGGUAUCUAAAGAAUGUUCGCUGAAGGAUAUUACCAUCACGAGUUCCUGGGACGAGGAUUCUGUUCAGAAGGAGAUCGAGUCGACAGAUGCCGAACCUGCCGAGUCUCAAUCUUUCGAGACGAACGUGGACAAGGAUCAAUUGAUAUCAGACCAUUUGAAUAUGACGUGGCCAUUUGUUAAACGCGAGCGAAUUACUUUAAAAGUGAAGCGUGUGCGAAAACGAGGUAAAAAGAAAAAGAAGUGGAUAAUCAAGCAGCAGAGAAAACCAAAGCGUUCGGUUUGCAAGACUGUUGAUGCUGAAGAAGAAGAAGAAGAAGAAGAAGAAGGAGAAGAAGAAGAAGAAGAAGAAGAAGAAGAUGCGAUAAAAGAUUCCCGGAAGGUCGGGAGAGUGCCACCGUUACCGAUCGCGUCGACGGACAACGUAAAUGCAUCGCCGAGAUUAUCGUGGAAUAACUUUUCGUUGACCUCGCAAACGCAACUUCACGUCCGGUCGCCGGAGCGCGAUGAGCGCAAGAAUCGCGAGCGUUCGUCCAAAAGUUCGCCCAAAUCGACCGAUGCGGAAGACGAGAAGAAUCAGCGAACAACGUCCAGGAUGAAAUCGAACGAGAUCCCUCGAAUAGAUUAUUCGCAACUCGGAUACGCCAAAUAUUUCACGUCGGCCGGUCGUCGUCAAGUUGCAACAAACCAACGAACGCGGCAAAGUCGAACGAAGCGGUCCAAGUAUCGCCGUAACAUCAAGAACGUCGAUAAUAACGGUCAUCUUCGAAAUUACGAGCAUCGCGCUUCGAAAGACACGACGUCGGGUCAAAACAACAUUUCCACGAACGACGAACGAACCGCGAAAUUCGCGACAACCUCGAAACGCCCGACGCGCAAAGUCAGUACGCGUUUGUCGUGGCGUUACAGAGACAUGUACAGUUCUAGUGCGACCGAGAAUUCGCGAAGGACAAAAUCCGCGUCGACCGUUCUCGAAAAGAAUAAAAGAACCGGAAAAAGAAGAGGGAGAAGAAAAAAAGAAUCGGAGAUCGAGGAUACAUCCGCAAAUGACAAUUAUAAUUCUCAUCGAAGAUCCCGUAAUUUGAGAAAAUCUUCUAGAGAUACGAGAGGUAACGACGUUAUCGGUGAUGCAUGUGACGACGCUACAAAAGCAAUUGUACAAAAGGAUAGCGAUUUUAACGCGGAAAACGAGUGUUCGAAGGAUAAUAGCACGGCUCAGAGAAGAAAGUUUAAAUUUCUUUGGAACAAAAUAGCCCGCUCGAUCUUGCGGGAUAUUUACGCGAAUAUCAAUAAGGACGAAGUGUUGAAAGCGAUUAUGAAAGACUUCGACGACGACGAUAAAGAACCCUCGGAGGAGUCGUCCUCGCAGACGACGGCUGAAAAUCAGGACAACAAUCUGCAGGAGAACCUAGACGAAAAUUUUAUUCUGUACGCUCCCACGUUGUUCGAUUGGGAAAGUAACAACGACCUUGAUAAAGCGAACUCGUCAAUUCAGGAUUCGAAACAAUCGUCCGAGCCGUCCGCUGUCGAGGCCAAGAACGACUUGCCGACUGCAAAAGACGCGUCUCAUAAAAAAAAAUUAAACGGGUCGUCGAUUGAUUGCAAAGUCGCCGGUAAAACGACCACGGCUUAUCAGCACGUAUUCGACGAAUAUAGCGAUUUCGACUCGCCGAGAUCGUCUCUGAAAAUAAGUGUCGACGAGAACUGUAGACAGAACGACAACGACGAUAACGCCGACGACGGUAUUCCCUCUUGGCGUCGAUCAUCUAUAGCCGAGAUCUGUGAUAACGAGUCUGACAGUAGUGCGCUAAUAUUAGCCCGAAAAAUUAUCGAUAGCUCUUUGUCGGAAGACGAAAAUUCUAACAACGAUGAGGACAAAGAUGACGAAAUAACAAAUUCUACCACGGACAGGAGCGAGGAUACCGAUUCCUCGUUUUCCGAUAAAUUUUCAGACACGGACGGGGAAAAAUGGAGUUCCGUCAUCAAACGUAGACAGAGAAGGAGUAGAAGAUCGACGGUAACGCGAAGUGCUACAAAGGAUGAUAGAAGCGGUGCCAAGGUUCAAAGUAGUAUUAGAAGAAGAAGAAGUAGGAAAGAUCACGAUGGGGAAGCAAAUUCAACAAGAGGCAAGAAAGAUGACAGCGAAUUGAGUUCAAAGCAGGUAGUCGAAAAAGAUAACGAUUCGGGGGAAGACAGUGAUAAAAGAGUAUAUUCUCUGCGAAGAGUAACGAGAACUGUAACGAAGACGGCAGUUCCAAAGAAACAAUAUCCUGUUGGUAGACUAGUGUGGGGUUCCUGUCAAGGAUGGUGGCCAGCUCUGAUUAUAGACGCCGGACAUGUCGGAAUGCACACUUCUCCCGGCAAGUUUUGGGUAUUUUGGAUCGGAGAAUCCCAAAUAUCAUCGCUUAACGAGAAAACUCAGAUACAACCGUUUUCGUGCAAAUUGGAGCAGCGAUUGACGCAACAGUUUCGUAAAGAUAAAGAACGGUCACGUGCCAUUGACGCGACUAUACAGAUGCUCCGCCAACAUUUUGAAUCGCCUCUGACAAAGCCUUAUUAUGAUUGGAUAUUACGGAACGUAUCCAGACUGGAGAGAUUGGAUGACUUGACGUUUUACCCGUAUCCGAAGUAUGUGCAAGAGAAACUGGAUAUCUUGAAGGAAAAGAACGCCAAAACUACUCAGAAAUACGUAUCAAAACAGACAAGUUCUACGGAGUCAUCACCGCCGAGAAAGAAAACAAAUACCGAAAAACAGAAAGAAAUGAAAGAUGAAAAACCAGGCUGGAAAGAAAUUGAGGCGGAGCGUUUGCCUUUACAAUACCAAAAUCCCGGAGUAAUAGCCUGGGCGAAAAUCGCCGGACAUAGUUGGUGGCCUGCAAUGAUUAUCGAUUACCGCGAUUGCAGUUUGAAAGAACCCAGUUUUGGUUGUCAAUGGAUUAUGUGGUAUGGCGAUUACAAAAUUUCGGAGGUACGUCACCUUGAGUUUUUGAAGUUUCACAAGGGAUUGGAAAAGAUGACCAACCACAUUAAAACUACGGUUAAACCAUCUUACCGGGAGGGUGUGCUUCAAGCAGCAAAGGAUUAUUGCUCGCGUUUAGGAUGCAACACGGAUAACUGGACUUUAGAUAAUGUCUUUGAAUAUUUUUCCAAUGAGAAUAUUCGCGUACCAUGUAACGAAUUACAAGUUUCAGACUCUAAGAAGGUGUAUGAUAAGUAUUCCGAUGUCAUAGUAAAACAAAUCAACGAACUUAAGUCCAAGCCAGACAUAGAUGACGAUCGGAAGAAUGAGAUAAAAACGAGCGAUGCCUGGCGUCGUGUGGCAGCGGGAGAAGUUGCUAUAGAAAAAAUAUGUCUAAGAUGUUUGAAGUUUUUUAAAAGUAAAAUGGACGAGCAUCCUUUUUUUGUAGGAUCUCUAUGUAGAGAAUGUUCGGACGAAUUUAAACCGUGCAUGUUCAUAGUGGGCAACGAUGGCAAGUGCUUCUAUUGUACAAUUUGCGCCUCCACUGGUACUGUCAUUAUGUGUGAUAGAGAAGAAUGUCCACGCGUCUAUUGCACAGCUUGUUUAAAAUAUUUGUUGUGUCCAAAAACAUACGACAAAAUGUUAUUGGAGGAUCCGUGGCACUGUUUUCUGUGCACUGAAAAAUCCGAACACUUGGCAAAAGGAGUAUUGCGUCCGCGAUUGGACUGGAAAACGAAAUUCAUCGGAAUGUUCCGUACCGCGUCUGCGACUAAUUCUGACGUGGACAUUCCAGAUUCUCCGGAAAAGAGACCCAUACGUGUGCUGUCGCUCUUCGACGGCUUGAGUACUGGUCUGCUGGUGCUGUUGAAAUUGGGGCUCGAGGUGGAGGCUUAUUACGCAAGCGAAAUUGACAACGACGCCUUGAUGGUCAGUUCUUCUCACUUCGGCGACCGUAUCACUUAUCUGGGAGAUGUAAGAGGCAUAACGAGAGAGAAAAUUCAGGAGAUCGCACCGAUCGACUUGCUGAUCGGUGGUUCGCCAUGCAAUGAUUUGAGUUUAGUCAAUCCGGCGCGAUUAGGUCUCCACAAUCCAAAGGGAACAGGUGUUCUAUUUUUUGAAUAUAAGCGAAUUAGAAAAUUGAUAAAAAAGUAUAAUAAAGAUCGCCACAUGUUCUGGCUGUUUGAGAACGUCGCCUCUAUGCCAACUCAAUUUAGAUUGGAAAUUAAUAGACAUUUAGGACAAGAACCCGAUGUCAUAGACUCAGCUGACUUCUCGCCUCAACACAGAAUAAGACUAUACUGGCACAAUCUUCCUUUUAAUCCUUACAUGCCAUUGUUUCACAGACAGCAAAAUGUGCAAGAUGUGCUCACAAAAAACUGUCAUCGUCACGCUCUGGUGAAGAAACUCCGCACUGUUACAACCAGAUCAAAUUCUUUGAAACAAGGAAAAGGAGAGUGGAAACCUAUUAUAAUGAACGGUCAAUCUGACUCGAUAUGGAUCACUGAACUCGAAGAAAUUUUCGGUUUUCCUCGACAUUAUACGGAUGUGAAAAAUUUAUCGGCCACAAGUCGACAGAAAUUGAUCGGCAAAUCUUGGAGCGUGCAAACACUUAUUGCCAUAUUGCGACCUUUGUGUUCCUACUUCAAGUGCAAUGAAACUGAGAUGAGCUUAUCCACCGAGAAAGAAGAUACCUUAACUUCUUAAAAUAGUUUUACAUGUAUAAAACAACGGUAAACGUACCGUGUUUUAGCAAAAAUUGUAAAUCUACAAAAUCUAUUUUCAAAAAUAUGAUUAAUCUGAUAUU